AUGAACUAUAAGGAUGAAAAUGAAAACUUGUACAUGUAUGAUCCUGUCAUCCUUGUCCUCUCACCUCUGGUAGAACAAGAAGCUGAGGAGAGAACUCCAGAAAGCUUACCGAGAGUUUCAAGGGCUAUUUUGAGUGACUAUUCAGAGAAGAUUGAAGCCAUUGCUUCCAAAUUAGCUGCUCCGCCGGUGCGUUCAUAUGAUCUACCUAUUUCAACAAAAUACUGA